UCCUAUACAAUCAAUGCAAAAGAAAAAUAUCCGGAUGUAUAUUCGUAAAUACUGUCAUGAAUGAAUAGAUCAAUGAGAGAAAGAGGAUGCUCGUCUAUAAUAAAUUAUCCUCGAUUCUACAAUAAUUUCUUCCUCUAAGGGAACAGAAGCAUGUGAGUUACGCGAGGAAUCCGAAGCGGCACGGCGUUCCGCUUGCGUGAAUGUAUCACGACUGGAAAGCGUCACGUUUGCUUACAGUGAUAUUACAUAAUCGGUUGAUUGUGGAACGUAAACGGCGACGAUUACUCGUGAGAUGCGUUGAAAUUCGACAAACGUAGCCGUACGAUUAUUUAUCCAAAGUGACUGGACUGUGAAUCCUCUGUAAACAACUGUUUUCUUCGUUUAAUAAUUCUGCCUCUUCAGACACUGCCCUGUCACCUGAUUGAAUUAAUUAUGUGAUUUAUUUGCGUCAUUAAUUAAUUACGUAGACUGCGUCAUAUGGUCGGUCGAUGAAAAGUAUUCUUAGAACUGAAAGGAGUCUCAGUUAUAUAUGAAAGAGUAAGACGACAGGUAUUGAAGCAUAGAUUUGCUAGGUGUGAAGGAUAAGCAGUUGGUGCAAAGGAUAUCGAAGAAACAUAAUUUUGUAGAAAAUUGAUAGACACGUUAAAGCGUAACAGAAAACAAUAGAAAAUUGCAACUAUAAUUUUCAUUCUCUUUAUGAUUAUAAACAUAAUUAUAAUUAGAAGAAGUUUAAAAUUGCAAACAGACUUUAUUCGAUUGAUUCAAGUGAAGGACGAAUUGUUUCUGAAAGACCAUGGUGAUUAUUGAAGAAAUAUACAGAAGAUAAAUCUGUGUGUUUAUAAAUAACAAUUGCUAUGAACAAAUCUUCUUGAAGUUUAUUAUUACUGUAAACAAUAAAGAUUAUUUCCUUGGAAUAGUUCCAGGAAUUCGCCAGAAACAGCAAAAUACACUAUAUGAUACUUGUAUAAAAUUGGAAACAAGUAGUCAUUAUUUUAAAAAUACCAGCUUGUUGCACUUCCUCGUGAAAAUCAACGAAAUGGAGGUAGAAAUCUAUUAACGAAAUCCUAUUAAAAAUCGAUCAAAGAAAUAGAGAUUACUGAAAAGAACUAAUUGAAAGGAAGAAGAGCUGGAAAUCUCGUUUAAAAUUCAUCUAGCAUUAAAUUGAAGAAUAAUUAGUGCAUCGAACAGACGAAGAAUUUCGUGUAACGGACAAGCAGUGGUAUAAAAAAGUGGCACACGCAUCGGCUCGCUUUCCAGCUCGCCUUCGUCUCGAGGAAGAGGCCACAACGUGGGUGGACGACGGGGCUACCAGUCGAUCCAGGUGUUUCGAUUCGACCGCAGCUCGUGAUUAAGAUAAUUACCGUUAUCGAAGCGCUUGCCAAUUAACCGAGAACCGCAUGGCACGAUUCGAUCGCCCUGAGGAACGAUGAUCACGGGCGCGUUCGUCAUCGUCGUGACGCGCGGAAUAGAGACUGGCUAAAAAAGAGAGAAAGUGUCUCGAUGAUUACCAGUUAUAUCGGGGAUAAUCACUGACCGUCGAAACGUUUUUUAUUUCAGUGAAAUCUUCAGACACGAAGAAAAUCACUAAGACACUGGCAAAUAUUUCAUCUCUUUUCGACGUUCCUUUAAAUUAGACGAGAAUUCGCAGAGAAUUUUCAAUUAAAGGAUUACGAAGAAAAUUAUUAAUUAAGGGAAGAUUUGAAGGAAGUUGUAGAGGACAAUUUUUCAGAAUUUUGGGAUUUUCUUGCGGGAAUUUUUUAAAAGAAGAGUAUUACGUUAUUUAAGCUUGGAGAAAAAAAUUCUAACUGAAAAGAAUCUUGAGAAAGAACCUUAUAGAAAAAGUUGCUAUAUCUUUGAGGAAUUCAAAGAAAAAUUCUAAGCAGAAUUAGAAGAUUCGCCCGGAAGAAUUUAAAUUUCUCAAAAAGAGUUAUCCUUGAAGCUCCGAGUUAAUGAAAUAUUUAAAAAAAGUGACGUUCCAAAGCAAAAAAGACGAAAGGUAUGACGAGGUAAGAGGUUCCUUGAAUGAAAGCGUGAAAGCCUCCUCCGAGAAUUUCCAUUGACGCGCGACUCAUUAGCAUCCAAUUCGGGAUUCGAAGAACUGGGACACGUCGCUGUUUACGUCCAACCAUUGCUCCGCCGUGGAAUUGUCCCUCUGACAAUACGACAGAACCAUGAAUCUCUUCAAAGCCAGUAUCCACCGUACGCCUCUAUCACGUUACACCUUCGAAACAAUUUAUUUCGGUGAGGCAUCAACUAUUUCUGCAUAGAAAGAUUUAAAAAGCUUUCGAUAGAUUUAGAAGAUAUCGCAGGAAGAUUUCUUACAUUAAAUUAAUUCUUCGUCAUCGUUGAUAAUUAAUUUAAUUAAAGAUGCAAAAGACUUACGACAGAAUAACGAUACCAAAGAUAGUGAUCUGCUCAAAAUCGACACUGGAAGAUUGCAUGGAACCUGAAGAAUGCGACAGGAAGUCCUUAAUUCAGAGGAAGAUGAUGAGGUCAAGGACUAGAAGACAUUCAAGGCGAUUCUCUUCGAGCAUCGCCGAGCGUCGCUCACCUUCCUCUUCUAGAAGUCCAUCACCUUCGUACUUACUUUCUCAGUCUCAAGAACAAACUCAUAGCGAAGAGAAAUCCGAGGAUAAUUGUGAUAACCAAGAUUUUGAGAAUGAUAAGUUGAGUCAGCUGGAAGUUAAGACUGAUAGUUACAAGGAAGUUGAUAAAAAUGAUGAAAAGAAAGAAAACUGUAUAGUUGAGAGACUACAAAAUGGUAGCCUUGUUGAAUGUGAAGAUAACGAGAGAAGUGAUUUGAAGUUGGAAGGAAAUAAAAGAGAUAAAUCCUUGAGAAGCAAUGGGGUUGAGGAUCAUAAAAGGAGUUCCAAGUGCAACAAGUGUAUUAAAUGUCAGAGUAAUAGGGAAGAGACUUGUUUGGAGAAUUGUUCAGGAUACCAGCAGUAUUUGAGGCUGCUGGAGGUGCCUCAGAUUAACUUGGAAUGGGGAGAAGGCAGUGGUGACGAUUUGAGCUCUGAAUGGGAUUCUGAUCACACGGAUAGGUCGAAUGAGAAAAAGACGUCGAAGUCGUCAGGAUGGAGAAAACUUAGGAAUAUAGUUCACUGGACACCUUUCUUCCAAACCUACAAGAAACAACGGUAUCCAUGGGUCCAACUAGCGGGUCAUCAAGGAAACUUCAGAGCGGGGCCCACUCCAGGGACGAUUCUAAAGAAACUCUGCCCUCAGGAAGAAGCUUGCUUUCGCCUGUUAAUGAACGACGUAUUGAGGCCGUACGUUCCAGAGUUCAAAGGUGUUCUAGAUGUAAACGAUACAGAAGAAGGGAAUGUCGAGGAGCAUGAUGCAGGGGAAGCACAUCAAAAGGAUGGUAAUGGUGACAAUGUGACUAAGAGGAUCGUAGUGUCCUCUUACUUGCAGCUGCAAGAUCUUCUCGGAGACUUUGAACAUCCUUGUGUGAUGGACUGCAAAGUUGGAGUCAGGACGUAUUUGGAAUCGGAACUUGCGAAAGCCAAAGAAAGACCUAAGUUACGAAAAGACAUGUACGAGAAAAUGAUACAAGUGGACCCAUCUGCACCAAGUGCUGAGGAACGUCGAGUGCAAGGAGUCACAAAACCAAGAUACAUGGUCUGGCGUGAAACGAUUUCUAGUACAGCUACGUUAGGUUUCCGCGUAGAAGGUAUUAAACUUGCUCAUGGAGGUUCAUCGAAGGACUUCAAAACGACGAGGACUCGGGAACAGGUUACGGAGGCGCUGAGACGUUUCGUGGAAGGCUAUCAGCAUGCUGUACCUAAGUAUAUCCAACGUCUAAAGGCGAUUAGAACUACGCUGAAAGCAUCGCCGUUCUUUGCCUCGCAUGAAGUUGUGGGGUCUAGCUUGUUGUUCGUUCACGAUGCCAAAAAUGCCGGCAUUUGGAUGAUUGAUUUUGCUAAAACGUUACCUCUACCACAACAUUUGCCAAGGAUUUGUCACGAUGCCGAGUGGAAAGUCGGAAAUCAUGAAGAUGGAUACUUGAUAGGUGUGAACAAUUUAAUAGACAUAUUCCAAGAUAUAUGGAACUCCGAGGGAACAUAAUUAUACGGACCAUUUCUUUUGGAAAUAAGUUGAAGCUAUAACAAAGAGGAUAUUGAGUUAAAAGAACAUCAUGCACUCUUAACUUUGUAAACAUAAAUGCACCUUUUGUACAGGUGCUUUUUCUUCUGUAUCUUUUUCUAUGAAUCUAUACUUCGUAUUUCGUGAAAAUUUUGUACAUAAAUCAAUGACUUUUGUUAUGAUGUCUUUCGUAUAAUAUCCUCUUACCAGAAAACGGACCAAAGACGCGGUGGCUAUUGCUGCCUAGGUAUUUCAUAAUUAAACUUUCCUACAACGUAGAGACGAUGCACAAAGAGAAGUUGUAAAAUAUAAUUUAAAUGAUACCGUUAUGUAAUAAGUUUUAUUUAUGCAUUACAUGCUACUCUGCAAGAAUCUUCUUGAUACAAGAGAACGAAGAAACGGUGUUUUUGUAUUUAAAAUCGUACCAUGCAUUUGUAAAUAAUUCGACACUUAAUAUAAAAAAGUCUUCACGA